AUGUCGUCUGACCGCGCCACCUCCAAGCCCGCCCCCACACGGCCAUCCGUCACCAACACCCCCACCAAGGCCAGCACCAAGACCAGCACCCGUCCCAAGGCCCGGUGGCCACAGCACCCGACCUGGACCGGCCGCUUCGACUUUGCCACCGCGUACCGCCCACCACACUUUGUCCACUGGGAAUCCAACGACAAGGUGUCGUACUGGUACCCGUGCAUCCGUCCAUCGCGCCCCUCGUUGAAGAAUGGCAUCGGCGAGCGCUGGAAGUGGACGUUUGAGAGCCACAGGUGCUGUCACGAGGCACGCACCCAUGGUCCCGUCCACAUCGCAGAGGUGCACUGGCCAGCACCUGAACCUGGCAACCCGCCCUUGGUCAUCACACGAGAGUACCUGAUCGUCACGCUCCAGAUGCUCAUGAACCGCUUCGAACAGCCCCAGGCCAUGGCGAGGGCCCUCGACCGCGCCCUCGCUCCGUGGGCAAAGCACUGGAUCGGACAAGAAGACCUGUACAAGGAAGCCGUCGACGCCGUGGUCGACUUGAAAAUGGCCGCUGGCAAGCUGUACGAAUGCGCGCUAUGGUACAGCCGCUACCUCGACUUUUUGGCCGACGCAGAGUCCUCGGGCCACCUCCCGGACAAGUGGAACCAGCACGACGCGCCCGUCACCCGCGAGGGCUUUGUCUACCGCUGGAAACGCGAAGCGCCCGUCCAAGGCGGCACCAUCUCGACGUACCCGUUCACCUUGGCGCACAUGGUCAAGUUGACGGGCCCGCUGCCGCUCUCGCGCCAGGACGACGCGAUCGUCGACCGCGCGUUUGACCUCCAGGAACAGUUUGAGGACGAGCUGCUCAGGCGCGGCCUCGUGGACGACGACGGCGCGCGCGUAAAGAGUGCCCACGGCCACGGCCACUCGAGCAAGGACCGCGCGCUGGUCGAGAUGAACAUGAACAACCACGACGACAUGGCCGCGUACCGCAACGCAGGCGACGUGCCAAAGGACGAUGGCGACAUUGUGGAGUCGUCGCCGGAACGGCGAACCCUCGCUCAAGUGGGCGGGUCCAUCUGGAUCACGUUGGGAGCCCUCAACCAGCAGUACAGGCGCCCCCAGUAG